AUGAAAUUAAUAACAAGUAUUAAUGACCAUAUACAAGAAAGAGAAACUGGAAAAUCAUGGAUAUUUAUAGAUUGUAGUAAUCAAAAAUGGAACGAAGAAGAAUCAAUAGAGGAAGAGGAAGAAGAAGAUGAAUGGGAAAUAGAUACUGAAGAAUUCAACUCGUUAUGCAAUCGUCACAUCUCCAACAAUCAUUUAAUAAUAGCUCGUCCAACCAAUUUAAUAGAUAUCGCCAUCAUCGAAAAUAAUAUAAAAAAUAUAGUUUCCAUCCUCUUUAAUUUCUAUUAUUAUGAAUCUUUUCAAAAAUUAUUAUAUAAAUCAAAUUAA